AUGCUAGAGAUUGCGGAAUUCAGUACUGCUGGUCGAAGUCCCUUGGCCGAGACCGUCAUGGCGCAGGAGCGUGAAUUCUACAAGUAUUGCCAGCUUCCCCAGCGCCCUGGUCUCCUGCAUCGCCCUCCUCCGUCUCCCCGGACCGAGAUCGAUGCCGAUGAGUUACUGCCGCAGUCUUCGCACGACACCACGCUCACAGCAUUGGCCCAGCUCGGCGCCCUGCGCUUGAACGUCCAACGAUGCAUGAUCUCCCUCUUCGAUCGGCACACCCAGUACAUCCUGGCCGAGUCCACCCGCACAUUGAGUCUGCAGGAUGACCGAGUCCACGUUGAAGGGGAUGCCUUGUGGCUGGGCAGCAGUGUCAUCGCGAAGCCAGAUGGGAUCUGCCACUACGUGUGCGAGGAGGAUCAAUUGAACGUGGGAUAUAAGGAAUUGGAGGGCAGGGGGCCCUGUGCGCUUGUCAUUUCCGAUAUGACCAAAGACGACCGGUGUCGCCAGCGCCAAUACGUGGUCAACGCGCCACAUCUGAGAUUCUACGCCGGCGUCCCCAUCAUGAGCCGCAGGGGUAUUGCCAUCGGAGCCUUCGCCGUCAGCGAUGGGGAGCCCCGCGAUGGGUUGGACCCAUUGGAGGUCCGAUUCAUGGUCGACACCGCUGCAGCCAUCAUGAACCAUCUGGAGAUGGUCCGCUCGCAUGAACAGAACCGUCGGGGAGCGAACAUGAUUUCGGGUCUGGGCAGUUUUGUGGAAGGGGCUACCUUCCCGUCGAGCAGUCUCCGCCGAAGCAGACUCGCGUCGGACGAGGAUGAGGACCAACAUUCAACGGAUGGACCAGGCCCUCUUUCGCACUUGCGACGCCAUCACCAGGCACGACCAGAGAACCGUCCGAUGCUCAAGGACCGGAUGCACCACAAGGAACCUAGUGCAUCUCCAUCAGCAUCCCCAGAUACGCGACAAACUCCUCCCCCACAAGCCACUUCGACACCGAAACCGGUCCGUCAACCAGAAGUCACACUGGCCUCCGGUACCAGAGAGAUUAUCGGGCGCGCCGCACGUGUCCUGCAGAACUCCCUCGAAGUCGAAGGCGUCGUUUUCUUCGACGCUAGUGUCAAUUCCUAUUCGGCGCUGGUGCAGAACGCGGAUGAUCGCCAUACGGACCUGGAAAGCAGUAGCAGCAGCAGUAGCUGCGCUAUGGAUAGUAUAUCGAGCAGCGACAGUGACAAUCCAACCACGGGCCAUUCAUCAACCGAGACCGACGACUCUGCCGUGUGCGAGGUGCUGGGCCACUCCAUGGUCCAGGACGAUUCCGGCCGAUCACUCAAUGGCAUGCGCGAAUCCCUCCUGCGAUCCUUGCUCCGCAAUUAUCCCCGCGGCGCCAUCUUCAACAUCGAUGAGAACGGCGGCGUUUCGUCUAGCGAAGGCAGCGAUAGUGCCUCAGGUAACUCCGUCUCUCGCGAAAUCAUUUAUCGCCGGUACGAAGGAUCCAAGGUGCAGCGACAGUGGAAGCAACGAAAACGGGAGCGGUUGAGCAUCAAGGAGGAGAACAAGGCUCUGAUCAGGAUCUUCCCCUCGGCCCGCUGUGUGACGUUGUUUCCCUUGUGGGACUCGCGCCGCAACCGGUGGUUCUCGGGGUUGUUUGUGUGGACUUCGUCCCCGCGUGUCUUCAGCCUGGGGGGUGAACUGGCGUAUCUGUACGCCUUUUCCAACAGCAUCAUGGCCGAAAUCCACCGGCUAGACAUCGAACUGGCGAACAAGGCGCACGCGACGCUGGUCGGAAGCAUCUCGCACGAACUGCGCAGCCCGCUGCAUGGCAUCCUGGGUAGUACCGAACUUCUGGGCGACUCCGCCAUGACGCCAGCCCAGGUGGCUCUGGUCAACACCAUCGAGCACUGUGGCCGGUCGCUGCUGGAUAUCAUCAACAACAUGCUGGAUUUCGCCAAGAUCAACCAAUUCACCCGCAAGUCCCGCUCCUCGCGCUUCAAAUCCUUACAUACCUCCCGACGGAGACCAGCAUUGCCCGGCCGGACAUCUUCCAAGGAUAAGCCUAAUAUCGGGGUGGUCAAUCUCAUCUCGGACGUCCAGCUGGAUGCAGUCCUGGAAGAAGUCAUUGACAGCGUUUUUGCUGGCCAUUGCUUCUCAGCCAAGAGUGGACUCCUCGCCCGGGGUGUAUCGCCUCUCCCAGGCCGGGACAAAGAUGGCGAUGGGGCAAUGAAUGGUGCCACCGAACGCCCGUUGUCGGCAUUUAACGAGUCUCUUACCGUGAUCUACGACGUGGAACCCGCCGCCCGAUGGCUCUUUGAAACGCAGGCCGGUGCCUGGCGGCGUAUCCUUAUGAACCUCUUCGGCAACGCCCUUAAAUAUACACGCUCUGGAUUUAUCUGGGUGUCACUGAAGUCGAGCGCGGCAACAACCGCCAAGACGAGACGAUUAUCCCGCGGAGACGGAACCCGCGAGGAAAUGGGCAGUGUGACGCUGACCGUCAAGGACACGGGCCAGGGUAUCGAUAAGCAAUACCUGCAGAGCAACGUCUUCAAGCCUUUCUCGCAGGAGGAUCCCCUGUCCCCCGGUAGCGGACUAGGCCUCAGUAUUGUUCACCAGACGGUGCUGUCAUUAGGCGGAAAGGUCGACAUCACCUCCACAAAGGGCUCCGGGACCGAGGUCACCGUCACGGCAGAUCUACCGCGAACCCCUCAAGCGGAAACCAACGACUCCGAUCGCGAGAUUAGUCUUGUGCGCCGCGCCAAGGAUCGCGUCCGAGGCAAGUCAAUCGGCUUGAUCGGGUUUGGCAAUCCCUCGCGCGAGGAGGACGAGGCUUCGGCGCGUCUGCGCCCGUCGCUCAUGCGCAUGUUUAAGGAGCAUUUCGGCAUGGAUGUUGGGCUGGUCUCAAGCCAUCUGCCGGAUCAGCCGUCCUACGACCUGUACCUGGUCAGACAAGCCAAUCUUGACCAAGUGGACCAGAUCUGCCAGCAGGUGACCAUGGCCGAAAGCGACUCGCGUAGCCCGCCGAUGAUCGUCAUCUGCUCGACGCCCCAGAUGGCGCAGAAGCUGUCCACGAGCGCCAGCCAGCGACCCUCCACCUCGAUCUACGAGUUCAUUAGCCAGCCCUGCGGCCCGUCCAAGAUGGCAACCUCACUCCUGGCAUGCCUGAAACGCCAGAAGGAUCGCCAGGUGCGGACGCUGAAUGGCGUCGAGGCCAAGGCGAAGAGCGCCGUCCAGAUGACCACGACCAUCCUGGCCGCCCAGCGAGCCAGCCAGGCCAUGCAGCAGAACGAGGCGGUUUCGCGCGUCGAUUUGUCUCUGACUCCGCACAAGGCUACGGUGUCUGUGACGACGUCGGACGUCGACGAUUGCGUCGUGGAGGUGUCCACCGUCGAGGCCGCGAAGACUCGACCCUCCGUCUUACUGGUGGACGACAACGACGUGAACCUCAAACUGUUGGUCGCGUUCAUGAAGAAGGCCAAAUUCCCGUACUUGACUGCGUCAAACGGGUUAGAAGCGCUGGAAGUAUACAAGGCGCAUUUUCCGCAGGUUCCUGUCGUUCUCAUGGAUAUCUCCAUGCCGGUCAUGGACGGUCUCGAAUCCAGUCGGGAAAUCCGUCUCUUUGAGCAAAUGCAUCGCGAAGGAGGCAGCAAUGCGGGCCAUUCCUCCUUCAAGCCCACCACCAUCAUCGCUCUGUCGGGCCUGGGCAGUGCCCCCGUCCGCCAGGAAGCGUUCAAUUCGGGCGUGGAUCUCUUCCUGUCGAAGCCGAUCCGGUUCCAGGAACUGGUCAAGCAGAUCGAUGAUUUGAUGCGGUGA